AUGUCCAAACAAGACAGUUUGCAACCUGAUCAUUAUGUCUCUGCUUGCCUUGCUAAGGCCUAUGCGAUCUUGGAUGUAAUUAAGCAAGGCGAGCAAGUGCAUGCAACCUUUAUUGUGUCUCCAGUUUCUGAUGAUGAUGUUGUAAAAUCAUCCCUUGUUGAUAUGUAUGCAAAAUGCGGUUCGCCUGCUAUUGGUCAUGUGGUUUUUGAUUCAAUUUCUUCAAAGAAUUCAAUUUCUUGGACUGCUAUGAUUCCAGGAUAUGCUCAAGUGGCCGAAAAAUUGGAUGCUAUUCAGCUAUUCCAGAAAAUGCCAGUGAUGAAUUUACUUUCUUGGACAGCAUUGAUAUCUGGGCUGCAUCAUGUGACACACUUGGUUCAGGGUUUUGAUGUUAAUCUACAACAAAAUAUAGUUCAAUUAACACUCCACCAACCUGUUUGUUCCGAGGAAGGUGAUCGACUUGCUACUAGGUUAACGUCUUCCCUAAUGGAGUAUUACACUGGUCCUAAUGACAAAGUAACAGUUGACGAUAUUAGCGCAAGAUUGCGAGAGGGUUGGCUAGGCUAUUACAAGGGGACUGAUCACAAACUUUACUUAGCUGUGGAGUUUCUUGAGAAAGCUGUUGUAACUUCUAACACCGAAGAGAAGGAAAACCUCGCUAGAGAGGCCUUCGAUCUCUCGAAUAAAGUUCCAGAACCUGCAGAUUUGUGA